AUGGCGCAGCGAACUUGGAUCUUUUUGAUGGUAUUCGCGCUGAUACAGGGAUCACUAGCCGCCUAUCUCGCUAAGCGCACGACUAUCACAAUCCCCGACGGCGUCACCUACCACCCCGAGUCGCAGGACAUCUGCACGCAGACCGCAUGGACGGACGUGGUCUCGUUCUUCGUAGGCAACUAUUUGUCGCACGUCGCAACUAUCGUCAAGGCUCCCGGUGAACCUGUAUACAUCACCGGCAUGAACAUGGUCUUGGUUUUGUUAUUUCCCUGCUUCGGAGCCGGUCGCGGCCUUAUCACGAUCUAUCAACGGGCAAGCUUUUACAAAGACCCGCUGCAGCAGGCGCUCAGAGCCCAGGCGUUGGUUAUGGUGAUUCGUGAUCCUAGACAAUGGAAGCCGCAGACUGGAGACUCUUUGCGCUCGCUUUCUUUGUGGCCCCCGAAAAAGGCGCAAGGGACCCGUGCACGGAUGGAUCCUGAUGAGUACUAUCAAGCAGCCCUUAGCAAGAGCUGGACGAAAAUCAACUCAGAAAAAUUCAAGGACUACAUCGGCCAAUUCAAAAUCAUCGUCGCACUACCUCCUUGGUUGACCAUGAAUUAUGGGCUGAGCAAAUUGCAUAUGAAGACUGAAAGAGGCUACCACGUCUCAGGAACAUGCAACCUACCGGAGGGAUAUCGACUCGCCUACGUUCCACCUAACGCGCAGGUGGAACAUGUCAUGCCUGAAGUCGCAUUGAGCCGCAUUCUCCAAACAUCGUAUAGCUUAGCCUCUGGCGUCAUUUCCAUCGUCCAGAUAUUCUCCGCUUGUUCUGCCCUGUACCAAUCCAGGGGCUAUCAGAUCGAUGCAUAUGGAUACGCUGCAUUCGGAUUCACCGUCACACCGUAUCUGGUCAUGUCAUUUCUGAACUUGCUUGCCAAUUGUUUCACCCCUACGUUUCCGAACUUGUACCUUGUUCAUACUGAGACGAUGGAUGAGGCGAUAAGCCGUGGCGGUCAUUUUACUGAUCUUGUUGGAAAGCUGGAGAGCGAGCCACUUCUUGUCGAGGAUUUGACUUUGUUUAGUGCUUCGAUCGAGCCGCCGCAGGUAGGCAAAGAUAAUGAUGAGCUUAUGUGUCAUAUUGCGACUCGGAUAUUUGAGCAUGGGAGCACGGAGCCGAUGUCGUCCAAUGAAAAUACGAAGCCCGAAAGACAGGACGGCAAGCCUUCUUCUAUCAGCGAUAAUAUCGUGACAUUGGCCACUCCUUUGGAAAGUAUCGCAUCGCCAGCAGACGAGGAAACAGCGCAGAAGCAAGCAACAGUGACAAUCGAACAAAACCACAUCCCCGGAGAACCUCAAUCUCAAACCGAGGACGGUGACGAUGACGACGAUUCAGUGCCAACACUAAUCAUCCCCAGCUGCUACAAAUUCAAAAUCGCCUACUCCAACACCUCCUCCACAAGCAUCCUCUGGAAAAAGAGACACUACGGCCUCCGCGGCUGGCUCAUAGGGGCAACUACCUGGGGCGUAGCCGCACUGCCAUUUAUCCCGCUAGGCAUAAUGUCCAAAUUCCGAACAGGGUCCAGCAGCACCGUUGCCCAGAGAGUGUGGCUUAUGGCUUGGUACGUCGUGGGCAUCGUGUCAGUGUCAAACCCGUAUUUUACGGAUAAUUUGGUGGAUAUUAUUUUUCACAACUCUCGCGCAUUGAUGAAGAAUCAUGAAAUUGAUAGGUUUCGGCGAGCGCAGAUCCUGUUUUUGAGAGCGGCUUKGGKGGUUGGUAUGUUAAUUUUUUAUGUUACCCCGGCUAUUGGCGGGUUUGCUGUUGUCGGGCAGAUGUUGAUUGCGUAUGGGUCUUGUACGAGUCUCUAG